AUGAAUUUUAUGCAAGUGGCAAGUUCAUAUCGGUUCGAUCCACCUCCACCACGCCCGAUGAAAAAGCGGGCAGUGGUUCGUCGUGACCGUGAAGGUGGUGGCGAGCGCCUCCAUCGCGAUUAUUUUUCCGUCGAGCCUGUUUAUGGGCUACAAUUCUUUCGCCGUCGAUUUCGCAUGAGCCGGGAGUUGUUUCUACGCAUUGUCAAUGCGCUAGAAGUCGAUCCUUACUUCCAACAACGUCAGGAUGCUGUUGGCCGCUUAAGCUUCUCCCCGAUCCAGAAGUGCACUGCCGCUGUUCGACAAUUGGCAUACGGAACUUCUGCUGAUUGUUGUGACGAAUAUCUCCGUAUAGGAGAGUCGACGGCGUUGGAAUGCUUGAAGAAAUUCUGCAAGGCCGUCGUUCGUAUCUUUGGCGGCACGUAUUUGAGGCGGCCAACAACUGCCGAUAAUUGCCCCGUGGCUUGGCAUGGCGUCUACACUCGAGGGGAUCAAGGCGAGCCAACAAUUAUAUUAGAGGCCGUUGCUUCACAAGUUUUGUGGAUCUGGCAUGCAUUCUUUGGAGUCGCUGGGUCCAACAACGACAUCAACGUGCUCCACCAGUCCACGCUAUUCAACGAUGUUUUAGCGGGGCAUGAAGUGGCUGUGCACUUCCUCGCCAACAAUUCUCACCACACUCGAGGAUACUACUUAACAGACGGCAUCUAUCCGGACUGGCCGAUGUUCGUGAAGAGCUUCCAGUUUUCGAACGAUGAGAAGAAGCGGAGGUUCAAGGAGAUGCAAGAAGCUGCAAGGAAGGAUGUGGAACGAGCUUUCGGUGUUCUUCAGGCUCAGUGGGGUGGAAAUGCAAGUAAUUUUGACGGUGAUGACGGCGAGGGACCAAGUUCUACUCCUCAAACACAAUUCAAUUCCGGAGCACCACCGGAGUUCGCCGCCUAUUUGGCACGGAAUGCAAGCUUGAAGGAUGCACGAUUGCAUGCUCGCCUCCGCGACGAUUUGGUUGAGCAUAUAUGGGCACGCUUUGGUCCGGUUGACCCGUAG